AUGGCACCGCUGUCUCCAGGGCCAUGUGGCAGCCCUCCACUGUCCUCUCUGUCACCCAAGAGGACCCCCUUUCAGACUUUAGGGUCUCUGUCACCAGGAAUGUUGUCCCCUUCGCUUGGUAACGGCUCCUCUCUUCAAUGGAAACAGGCCUCGUCUCCAAUAAGAUCACCGAGCCCGUCCAUUAUGACCUCCCCAAAACUCUGGCAGAAAGCAUCCAUCUCCAGACUCGCUGAAGAGUUUUUCUGGAUUGGUGGCAGUGUGGUCGCACAGCCAAAAUGGAGACUGGGUCAGAUAGUAAUUAUCGAUUCCAUCCAUGAAGUCUGUGAGGGGAAAAAAUCUGAGAUCUUCAGGCGGUACGCUGACAAUCGCUUUGACCCAAACUGCUGCUUCAGUAUUUACUAUGGGGAGCGAGUUAAGUCCCUGGACCUGGUCACCACAAACGCAGAGGAGGCCCGGACCUGGAUCACUGGGCUGAAAUACCUCAUGGCGGGCAUCAGUGAUGAAGACAUUCUGGCCCGGAGGCAACGCACCCGUGAUCAGUGGUUACAGCAGACCUUCUCUGAAGCUGACAAAAAUGGAGAUGGCACCUUGAGCAUCGGAGAGGUUCAUCAGCUGCUGCACAAACUGAAUGUGAAUCUACCCAAGCAGAAAGUCAGAGAGAUGUUUCAAGAAGCAGACACAGAUGACAACCAAGGCUCUCUGGGCUUUGAAGAAUUCUGUUCGUUCUACAAGAUGAUUUCAACACGCAGAGACCUCUACCUGAUACUCAUCUCUAACAGCAAUCAGAAAGAAGUCAUGGAUCUGCAAGACCUUACACAUUUCAUGGAAAAUGAUCAGAAGAUGCGAGGUGUGACCAAAGACCAUCUAGUUGAUGUAGUGGCCAGGUUUGAGCCAUGUCCUGAAAACCUGCAGCGUAUGGUACUUGGUAUUGAUGGUUUUACCAACUUCAUGAGGAGUCCUGCAGGUGACAUCUUUAACCCUGAGCACAAUCAGGUGAACCAGGACAUGACUCAGCCUCUGACUAACUACUUCAUUUCCACCUCACACAACACAUACCUGACAGGAGACCAGCUGCUGUCCCAGUCUAGAGUGGAAAUGUACGCAUAUGUUCUCCAGGCAGGCUGUCGCUGUGUGGAGGUCGACUGCUGGGACGGGCCUGAUGGGGAGCCCAUUAUUCACCAUGGCUACACGUUGACAUCCAAAAUACUCUUCAAAGAUGUUGUUGAAACAAUCAACAAAUAUGCUUUCACAAAGUCACAGUACCCAGUGAUCUUGUCCAUCGAGAACCACUGUACAGUCCCUCAGCAGAAGAAAAUGGCUGAGUAUCUGAAAGAGGUACUGCAAGAUAAACUGGAUCUCUCUUCUGUCAAUGUGAAUGAAUGCAAAAAGCUGCCCUCACCUGAGAUCCUGAAAGGGAAAGUUUUAGUCAAGGGAAAAAAGCUGCCAGCAAACCUUGAUCCCGAUGCAGAGGAGGGGGAUGUAUCUGAUGAAGAUACUGGUGAUGAGGAAGAAGACGAAGAAGAUGAAGAUGAUGAUAAUGCCCAGAGGAAAAAGAGAAGUAGGACGAAAAACAUAGCAACAACUGAUGUCGAGUCAGACUGUAACAGCAGCAAGGAGAGGGCACAAAUUGUUUACCAUCCCAAGAAGAGGAAAACAAUGAGGUUGUCCAGAGCCCUGUCUGACCUGGUCAAAUACACAAAAUCGGUCAGAGUACAUGACAUAGAAACACAAGGGUUUACAAACAGCUGGCAGGUAUCAUCCUUAAAUGAGACAGUUAUGAACCAGAUCUUACAGCUGAAGCCGACUGAGUUGGUCCGUUUAAACCAACGGCAACUUCUAAGAGUGUACCCAUCAAACUACAGGGUGGACUCAAGCAACUUUAACCCACAGCCAUACUGGAAUGCAGGAUGUCAUAUGGUUGCAUUGAAUUACCAAACAGAGGGCCGUAUGCUUGAACUGAAUCGAGCCAAGUUCUCAACCAAUGGAAACUGUGGGUACAUUCUAAAGCCAAAGUGCAUGCGCAAAGCUGCCUUUAACCCAACAAUGGAGGAACCUCUAGCAGGACAUAAAAAGACUCAGUUAGUGCUGAAGAUCAUCAGUGGACAGCAACUUCCGAAACCCAAAGACUCCAUGUUUGGAGACAGAGGAGAGAUCAUCGAUCCCUUUGUCGAGGUGGAGAUAAUCGGUCUACCAGUAGAUUGUUCCAAGCAGCAGACCAGAGUGGUGGAUGAUAAUGGUUUCAACCCAAUGUGGGAGGAGACCCUCGUCUUCGACAUUCAAAUGCCACAGCUUGCCCUGGUGCGUUUCCAGGUGUGGGAUCAUGAUCCUAUUGGACGAGAUUUUAUAGGGCAGAGGACUGUCGCUUUCACCAGUAUGCUGCCAGGUUUCCGGCACGUUUAUCUGGAGGGAAUGGCUGAGUCAUCCAUCUUUGUUCACGUGGCUAUCAAUGACAACUCAGGAAAGAUUAAACCAUCAAAUGCGGUGCAUGCGGCCAGAAAACACAUCCAAAAAGCAGCCAAGAAGCACAUAAAGGGUCAACAAAGGCAAACCUCUCUGGAUUCCUCUGUCCUAUCCUCAGAGGACGGACGUUCUCUGUACUUUCGCAAGGAUCUGGACACCAUCUCUCAGGAAAGCUGGAAUGGGGAUAUGUCUCCUCUGGUACUCGGGCCAGCAGCCAAGGCUGCCAUCCACAAAGGGGCCCUCAGUGAGCCACUGAGGCGAGCUCACAGAGUUAAAAUUCAUGAACCACCAGAGACAAGGAGAGGGAUCUUCAGCCGGAUGUCCUCCACUGACUCCCACCACAUGGGGUCUUCUUCCUGUUUCAGAGCAGAUAGCUUUGACUUUGAGACUCUUCAGACUUCUUAUCCUGAUGGUCUUGCUCUCGACAGCCAUAAUCGAAUUGAAGAAGAACUAGAGAAUGAACCAGAGUCAAACUGUGCUGAGCAGGAGACCAGUGACACCCUUGAACCAGAGCAGCCUGAACAAUUUGAGGAAUUACCAACAGAGCAACAGCCAGUCAAGGACAUUUCUCUGGAACCUGAGCAACCACCAGAGAUUCAGAGUUGGACUGCUUCCCUUCCUCUGCCAAGGACUGAGCCACAGCCUCUGAGCCAGUAUGAGGCCAAAUUUUUUCAACUUAUCCCACCAUCUUCCCCUCCCAGGGUGAGACGGACCUUAGAGGCUCCAGUCACCCCUCUGCCAUCCACACUGAUACAAACAAAGGCCAGAUCACGCAGUUGCCCCCGGAGACAGAUUUCCUCUCCUCAGACUCCUAUGGUGAACCGCAGACCUGCUCUUCACUGGCAGACACAGCGAGCACAAAGUGAGGGCAGUUACAGCAGCAGGGUGAGGCCCAUUCCCAACGGCCUCUGCUUGUCUGACAGCUCUUCUAGCAGCAGUGAAGGCAGUUUAGACAGCCUGGAAUUUGUGUCCUCCGGUGUGCCAGACAGUACAGACCAAAAUGAAGGCACUCUGCAGAGGGAGAUGAGGGCCCUUUUUGACCGGAGGAUGAGCGAGAUUCGGUGUAAAUCUCCACUUUUUCUAAAUGAUUAG